CACAACAAGGGCACCGUUUCACCAAGGAGUUCCCCGUCCCCACGCGCCAUCGUGCUUGAACUGUUUGCUUUCCAAGCCAUCGCAUUCCCCGCCAUUGACAAUGUCCAGCGAGGACGAAUUUGGAGACACCUCGUUCCUCGACGAUUUCGACGUCGACGCCGCCGGAUCCGCCGGAUCCGCCACCCCGGAGAAGCGUCCGCAUAGAACGAGCGGAAGCGACGGCUUCGGGGAUACCUCGUUCCUGGAUGAUUUCGAUGUCGAUGCCGCGGUUGCUGCGAGAGGGGGUCYCCCGGCCAACAAGAAGCGGCCCAGGGUCACACCGGAACCCCACCCGGGGCAGCGGCACUGCCGGCACCCAUCGACUGCUUUCCCGACGGAGGAACUGGAAGCCUGCGCGAAGCACUACUACGGGUACUCCUCCUACAAGAGCGGCCAGCUCGAUGCCAUCCGGGCGGUGCUGCGGGGCCAGGACGCAACGGUGUUCUGGGCAACCGGUUCGGGAAAGUCUCUCUGCUACCAAAUACCGGCCCUGUACUCGAAGAAGACGGCGGUGGUGAUCAGCCCGCUCAUUUCCCUCAUGAAGGACCAGGUCCUGCGCCUGAACGGUCUUUCCAGCGAGGCCCUCGCGACCUAUCUGGGUUCGGCCCAGACCGACGGUGCGGAGGAGCAGCGGGCUCUCCGCGGAGACUAUCGGUUGGUGUACAUCACCCCCGAGAAACUCAUGACCGGCGGGUUUCUCGAUCGACUGGCAGCCCUCGACCUGUGCUGCGUAGCCGUAGACGAGGCCCAUUGCGUCAGCCAGUGGGGCCACGACUUUCGCAAGGACUACCUGCACGCGGGAGAAGCCCUCCGAAACCAUCCGAGGCUGCGCACGGUUCCGAUCAUCGCCCUGACGGCAACCGCGGUCCCCCGGAUCCAGAACGACAUUGCCAAGAAUCUCCGGCUCCGAUCGCCCCACGUCAACAAGCAAUCCUUUGACAGGACCAACCUGUCCAUCCGGGUCACCCUCAAGGAACGGAACCAUCCWCUGCCGUCCGCUAUGGAGCCCCUGAUACGCUCCUUGCUUCGCGAAGAAAAAGGAUCCGGCGGUGCCAGCAGCACCAUCGUUUACGCCGCCACGCGAAACGCUACGGAAGAAGUCGCCUCGUACCUGCAGCAGCGCCUCUGCAACAAGAACAGCGCCGUGGACGUUCGGGCCUAUCACGCGGGCAUGACCACGGACCAAAGAAACGAAACCCACGUUCGAUUUCUGACGGGAAAGACCGCUGUCGUCGUGGCAACGGUUGCUUUUGGAAUGGGGAUCGACAAACCAGACACCCGGCGCGUCAUUCACUGGGGCCCGCCCAAGAGCGUCGAAGAAUACUACCAGCAGAUCGGUCGUGCCGGGCGCGAUGGCUUUCCCGCGGAAUGUGUUCUGUAUGCGUCUCCCAGCGAGUUCGACAAGUACAUGGACGAUUUUUACAUCGGUGACCUCGACGGUCCGGCUCGACAGGCUUCGAUCCAGAGCACCCGAGCCCUCAAAUCGUUCGCCCUGGACAAAGAGGGAUGCAGACGCAAGGGCCUCCUCGAUUUCUUCGGAGAAACACCGGCGUUCGGCGAGCGAUGUGGAACGUGCGAUACGUGUCUCGCGGCGAAACAAUUUGGCGACGACGCACUCCGUGACUUUGGGCCCGARGCGAGGCUGGUCUUGUCGGCGGUGUCCGGAUUGAGGGAAGCAUCGAUCGGAACCAUCGAGAAGGUUCUAAAAGGCAACAUCGUCGAGGGUUAUCGCUACGCCUACAGARCCAGCCCMGAAGCCCUCCAAACGAUGAUGACGGAAACGAGAAAGGCGUUGCCCAGAGCCAGAGCAUCGAUUCAGUUCUUGCGAGAGAUGGUAUCGACCCUUUCGCAGAAGGGGUAUUUGACCGAAGCUACCAAGUCGGCAAACCUGGGUGGYGGGAACUACAAGAGGUCUUGGACCGUCUACAACAUCAACGAGACCGGACGGCGGUGUUUGGGCGGGACCGAAAAGGUCGUACUUCCKGUGCCGGAAUCAAUCCGUGAAGCAGAACGCCAAGAAAAGGCGAGAAAAGAUAGGGUCCUCAAAAAUCUCGAGGAGAAGGGAGUUUCGCUCGACAAGCUGCCGUCCGAGGAAUUGGAAACGGGCGAUGGCGAGGUCAUCCGAGCCUAYACGAAAUGGAACAAUUACGUGGCCCUACAAGAGAAGCUCGGAAAGGAAGGCAGGAACGCAGAGCUGGAAGAAUUGCUGUCGCUGGURCAAGAGUGGCGAUCCAAUGCCGCCRUCGAGCACACAAUGGCCCCGGCGUCGGUCUUGCCGGAGCACAUCAUGCUCUCGAUCUCCUAUGCCGUGGCAACGUAUCCGGCCGGGGUAAAAGUAUCCAGAUCGGAUUUGAUUGCCGCGGGAGCGAGAACUCGCGAGCUCGAGUCACUGGCGGACAUUCUCAACAGCUGGAUCGAUCGUUAUCGUGCGGCCGACAAUCCAUCGGGAAGCUCUUCCGCAUCGGACCAGGCAAAGGACGUUCCGAUGAGGUUUGCUAGCGGUGGUCCGACUCAGGGAAAAAAGUGGGAAUUUGCGGUCUACAAACCCCAAAAGAAAACGGGAAUGGCAACCUGGGAAUCCUCGUACGAACGAUUUGCCGCAGGCGAGUCGCCACAGGCCAUAUCCAUGUCACCGGCAAACKGCCGGCCCAUCCAAGUGAUGACUGUGGUGGGUCACAUACAGGACGCCUUCUUGCACGGCAGACCCGUCGAUUUGCAACGCCUCUCCUCGAUAUCGAAGCCGCCAACAAAGAACCAAUGGAUGGAACUCGAGCAGGCAAAAGAAUCGACCGGAAUGGAUCCAGUGGGCAACCCCUCGUGUUCUGGYSUCGAUGGAGGUUCCUUCACGYUGACCGAAUUCCUGCGCCCCGUGAUGGGCGACGACUUYAUGGAAACCCCCCGGGAAGACCGAUCCGAAAGCGACAAGGCAAGGUUUGGAGAGUGGUGCGGCGUGCUGAAGUGGUAUCUCUUCAUGAAGCGAGCCGGUGUCGAGCCGGUCUUUUGASUGYGCUGCAUGGAAAAUCCCGCCUUUCGAAUGUCAAACUCUUUGGGGUCUAGUGUGUAAUCUUGUGUAAUA